UUUUGUAUAUUCGUAAACAAUAGCGAUUUCUGAAUUCGUUGACGAUAUGCUUGGAAUAAAUAAUAGUAAAUUCUAUUUAUAACUCAUGAUGAUGAGACUUGAAAGUGAUUUUGGAGGUCACUAUAAUAAACCAAUUAAUGGUUCAAUAUUCCUUUGGAAUAAAUAAUAUCUUAUUAAAGGUUAUACCAAAAAUAUACUUCUUUAAUUAAUUGUACCUGAUAUUUUUAAAUGUUAGCGUUAUCUAAAUCACGCGCAUCAGAUAAAAACAAUAAAAGACUAGUCAGAUAAAUUGAUCAACCUUUAUAUGACAAAUUGUUGAACCUUUGAUACCAGUAGCCAAUGGUCCAGUAUGUGAUAAAAAUGGGUCAAAAUUCCAGCUUACCUAAAGGUAGAAGAAAAUCUUUGCGAUCAUUUUCCAAAAAAGGAGGUUCUAGAAAAAAUUCUCUAAGCCAUACAUUCACCAUUAAUGAAAAUGAUGAUAGAAUAGAUCGAUUGAAUAUUAAUAUAGCUAGUGAAGAAGAACUAAUGACACUAGAUGGAGUGAACAGGGAAAUUGCCAAAAGUAUAGUAGAACAUAGAAAAGCAAUUGGCAGGUUUCGAAAAGUGGAAGAUUUAGCUGUUGUUCGGGGCAUUGGUGCUGAUAAGCUACAAUAUCUGCGACCAGAAAUAUGUGUUUCCUCCAGAAGAAGUCAAAAUUCGGCAUCGUCGAGAGCACAGAGCUAUGAUAGCUUGAGGAGUACAGAGUCCAGAUUAACUUUGAAAUCAAACAGACUUGUUAAUAUAAAUAAAGCAACCAUAUUUGAUCUUCAAGGAAUAAAUGGAGUUUCUCAGGAAGUAGCUGCUGCAAUUAUUCAUUAUCGUAAUAAAAAAGGAAAUUUUCAACAGGUGGAAGAUUUGUUGAAGGUCAAAAAUAUGGAUCAUAUGCGAUUUUAUAAUAUGAGCAGAUAUUUAACAGUUGAUGAUGAGGAUGACUUCUUUGACAUUGAAGACCCAAGACCAAGCAUAUUAACAAAUGGGUUCACUAACUCGAACUGUAUUGGGAGAAGCCAUAGUGUACCUAAAAGACUGUCUAUCACCAACGGCUUAACCAAUUCCUCUGCUGCAGAUAUAUUUGACCUGCUAUCUGCAUAUUCACCUAGGCCUAUAAUUCAGGAAAUUUUUCGAUUCUCUCGCAAUGAUGAACCAGCCAUUCGAAUGGCUUCUUGGAAUUUGCAUGAGUUCUCCUUUGAAAAAUCUAAUAACCUAGGAGUUAAAGAAGUUAUUUGUAGAACCAUACUGGAAAACGGGUUGUCCCUAAUAGCUGUCCAAGAUGUUGUGAAUGCAACUGCUCUUCGAACAAUUUGUGAAGAAUUGAAUACACCAAAACUUCAGAGGGUAAAAGAAUGGGGUUUCUGGAACCAUCACAAUUGGAAUUUCUGUAUGUUGGACGUGCAUGAUAGUAAAUUAGGUUUUAUUUAUGAUUCUGAUGGAGUUACUGCCACAGAUUUGUUAUCCUUGAACAAAGGACCAGAUGAAACAAACAAUGAAUGUGACGCCUUAAUUGCAUCUUUCAGAGUGGGAAAUCUUAAUAUGCAAUUAGUCAAUUUGAGUUUGAAUAGGGGUGCCAACAUUGAAAUUCUGAACCAAAAAUUUAAAGACUUGACAUCGGAAGGCGAUUUUUUGAUGGUUUUUAUAGAUUAUACAAAUGUUGACAUUACUGAUGAACACCUAUCUAUCGGCAGUUUGAAAUCGGUACUGUCAAGAAAUGCAAAUACAACAUUUGUGAAAAACAUUCAUAAAGGUGCAAACCAUACAUCGAAUAUACUUUACAACCCAAAAGUUCAACUCCAACUAACAGGAACUAAUGGGAUCAUCAAGCAAGGCUUGAUACAUCUGGCCAUACCUAAUGGAUGGUCAUGGGGUGGCCCCGUAUCACCUUACUGUCCCGUAUACACCGAAAUGUUUGUUAACUUAGUGACAGAUGAUAAUUUGUGAUAUUUAUUUAUAUUUCAAUUGAUUUUAAUUGUUUUUGAUUUGUUCUCACUUUUUUGUUAUCAUUCAGAUGAGGAUAAAAAUGGAUUGAUCGACAUCACACACAACUUUUCAUUGAGGUCAGUUGGUGAUAAUGAAACUACAUCUUUUUAAUUUUUUCAAUUAGUAAUUUCAUGUUGAUAUGAGGUGUGUUCAGAAAAUAACAGGAAUUUAUAAAUUUCACUGGUUUGAAAAGUCCAGUUAUCAUUUUUUCUAUUAUAUUGAUAUACAUGCUUCUGAAGUAUGAAAUAACUUUGAGCUGUAUUCAUUGUUCACUUUGUCGCUAAGGUUAGAGAUGCUUUCAAGAACAGGUGAUGAAAUAUGAUUCGCCAAGACCAAAAAGGCUCGAAAAGUGCGAUCAAAUGUGAAGGUUAUACUCACGAGGUCAAAAAAUUAAUGAGGAUUUGUGGAAAAGAAUUCAUAGGUUUUGCAGCAUGAUAAUGCACACGGCAUCACUUGUUCUUGAAAUUUUGGCUAAAACCAAUCCUGAAACGAUGCCUCAGUCUCCAUAUUGGCCAAAUAUGGCUCCGUGUGACUUCUUCUAUUUCCAUACAUAAAUAAGGAGAACCUUAAGCGCCGUCGUUCUUCAAGCAAACAGGACAUUGAAAUCGCAUCACUGAUAGACAACGGCUAUAUCAAAGAUCGAGUUUGAGAAUUGUUUCGAGAAUUGGAAGAACUGCUGGCACAAGUUCAUAAUAUCUAAUGGGAACUAUUCUGAAUGCGACAACAUUGAUGUGGACGAGUAGAUUUUUUUUUGAAAAACGAAAAUUUCCGUUACUUUCUCAACAGACAACGUAUAUUGGCAUAUCAAUUCAUUUAUAUUCGACAUUCACACUUUUGCGCUUUUAUUUUUUUACUUGUUAAGAUAAAACUUCAAACGAAAUUGUGAAAAGUACUUAAUUUAUUUGUAAGUUUUCUUAUUAUAAAACAAAAUUAAAUACCGUACUUUUUUCAUGAGUUUUGUAUUACAGCCUUAACCAAACUUUGAAUGGGACUCUUAGGUUAGAUUUUUAAAAGAAAUGUACCUUUUUUGAGAGAAUCAUUUGUAGACCUGUUUUCUAUUUUAUCGCACUAGCACUGCAAGUACAUGUAAAAAAAAGGGCUUAUCCUGUGAAGCCUCUUGUCUCAACACAUAGUCCUAAAUGUUCCUUGCUGCGAGUACCUCACUAUAUUAGAAGAAUUAAGAAUUAUUUGAAAUCAUCAAUUUUCUUGUAAGUUCAACUCUGCGUUGUAGCAAAGAAAUAAAAAUAUAUUUUAUCUUGCAUGCAAAUCUGCCAAGUCUCUAAUAUUGAAAAUUCAAUUAUUCAUUUCAUAUGCAGUAUCACACAGAAGUUUUUUUUUAUCAAUAGAUUUAUUCAAAAUUUGAUUCUGCAGUAAUUUUGUGCUUGAGAAAUGAAUAAAAACCGGCCUCUUUCCCUUUCUCAUGUGUUUUUUGGAAAUUUCCAAAAACGCCAAAGCAAAAAGUUGCUUGGUUUCUAAUUUUAUACGUUUUCUCUGAAUUUGAACUCUUGUCACUUUGACUUUGUGUCAAAUUCAUAAUUUUGAUGCAUAUGACGAUGCAUUUCAUUGAAAAACUGAUUCAUAUUUUGAUAGUAAGGAAGUUGAUAUGCCUAUAAACGAGUAAAUGAUUUUCUCUUUGAUCCUAUUACACUCCUAUUUCUUUUCAAAUGAUUUUUAUUCAGUUAGAUUAUUUUUUGACCAAUACUUCAAUCACAAACAAACCCGAAAUAUCAUACUUUCCUGUAAGCUGAAGAAUGACCUACAGUUUCAUAAUUAUCCUAGACUUUCGUUCUGGCAAAUUGAACUAAAUAUGAUAUUAAAUAUCGUGAUUUUAAACAAUACAAGACUAAUGCAACAUCUCGAGAAGAAAAUAGUGAAACUGAUUGAAUCGAAAUGAAAUUUUCCUUGAAACAAAUUUU